AUGAGUCGAGAAUCCCGAUCGACGAUAUCGAAGACAACAGACGCCAAGUCGACCCAGACCCGAACCACCACGGAUACCAAGACAAUAGGAAAGGAAGAGAAGAAGCCCUCGUUUGGAUAUGGUACCAAAGCGCCAAAGUUGUUCGAAGAGAAGGUGGUACAGGCGACGUUGGCCAAAGCUGAUAGUCGAGCUGUGAUUGUGUCCAGCUCGUUAUUGGUACUUAAAGUAGAAAAGGAUUCACCGCUGGCUAAGAUGCUCGACAUCGGAGACUAUAUAUUUCAAAUCAAUAAUGUGAAUUUGGAAUCGAAAGGUGACUUUUAUAUGGCAAUCAAGAAGGCGUUCAAGGAAAGCAGCGCGCCGGUAAGUUUUGUUCAAAGAUGUUUGUAAAAAAUUGUAAAAAUAAAUUUUAAAAUUCAAAAUUUUUAACUAGAAACAUUUUUAAUAUCUUCACUAUCCUAUAUGUAGUUGUAAUUUAACUUUACUGCCAAUAACAGUCAAAAAACCUACGAUUGCGCAGCCAAAAUCGAUUUUCUUCCCGUUUUUUCUUAAAUUUUCAAAAACUCAUAACUUUUUUAAAAAGCAAGGCCCAACUCUAAAAUUUUCACCACUUAUGUAAAAGUUUAUGCUUCACAAAACCAUCACUUCAAUAGUUUUUAAAAAUUAAAAUUUUUCAGACAAUCAACUUUGGAGUGCGCCGACCACGAUGGUCUUCGAAGCAAAGUUCCACAAACUAUGAACGAGCUACAGGAUACGAAUACCUGGCGAAUGCACUAGUCACGCUUCCUGGAUAUAGUACUGGAAUGAGUAUUCGAGCUUAUCAUGGCAAAGUGAGUAAAUUUAUUUUUACAAGUUUUAGUCUUGUCAGAAAUUCAUUAAAAAUGCAUUUUUAUCUAACUUUUUUAGAGCAAAACUGCUUGGAAAUGCCUUUUUAAGCAAAUUUUGAACAUGCCAUUCUUUUUACAUCAAAAAUAUAGGUUUUCUAUAGUUUACUAGAUGUAUUGUAUCAUAACACGUCUCAAAACCAUCACUUUCCAGGUAUUUGUAAACAAAGUAGAGCCCGGAUCCCUAGCCGCCAGAAGUAUUCGAAUUGGAGACUGUAUCACAGCCGUAGAUGACACCGCCUGUACUACAGUAGUACAAUGUAUGAGUGUGCUACAAACAGCUUUGAAACGAGACAGAAUGGCAGUUUUAUUCAUCGAACGUCCCACAACUCAAACAGCGAUGCAGGUAGUGAAAGCGGCGUUGAUAGCAAAGAAAAACAAUCCGUUCGAGAACAAAGUGGCACCAGAUGCUAAAGAGAUUGCACAGCGUCAAGUUGAGAAGAUUAGGUCUGGAAAUCUGAAGAAAGCAAAACCGAUUUACAAAAAACAAGAUAGGACUAGUCAAAUGGGAAGUGCUGUAAAGUAAGUACUAGUUUUUCGUUUUUUUGAGAAUUAAAACUCAAAAAUAUGUUUUUCAUGUCAUACUAGCUUUCCGAAAUAUUAUGCUUACAUAUAAACCCAAUAUUUCAAAAUGUUUACCUUGUAUAAUAUUAGGUUGAAUCAAAAGUAGCGGGACACUUUUAGUUAAAAAAUAAACGAAAAUUGUCCCGCUACUUUUGGUUCAACCUAAUAUUAGUAAAAAUCUUAACAAUUUUAAAAUUGGCACUAAAAUUAAAACAAAAGUAAUUUUUUUUUACAGAUUCCAAGCCCAUAUCAGUGCGUCAUCAAAGAAAGUUUGUGUUGGAGCGGAUCCUUUCAACCCCAUGUACAUGGCAGCACAACAAAAACCCAGUCCCAUGCCAACUUCAAAGCUAGCCGGCAGUGGUAGUGUCGGAGGUAUCGGAAGUUUUGACUGA